AUGGAGGAUUGUUGCGCCGUUUGCGCGGAGAAUCUGGAAUGGGUCGCUUACGGAUCUUGUGGUCACCGCGAGGUUUGCUCUACAUGCGUCGUUCGUCUCCGCUUCAUACUCGGCGAUCGCCGCUGCUGUAUCUGCAAAACCGAAUGUCCCUUCGUCUUCGUCACAAAGGCUUUAGGUAAUCACACAAAGACGAUUACUGAUUUCUCGAACUUCCCAUCAGAGCCAAGUGAAGGACGAGUAGGAUCUCUCUGGUAUCAUGAAGAGACCAAUGUUUUCUUUGAUGACUCAAACCAGUACACAAGGGUUAAGGCAAUGUGUAGACUCUCUUGCACUUGCUGUGACAAGACGAAGAAGAGCAAAUCUAAGUCUAACCAUCGUUUGCCGUUUAAGAGCGUUCAACAUUUGAAGGAUCAUCUAAGCCAUCAGCACAAAUUGCAUAUGUGCAGUUUGUGCCUUGUAGGUCGUAAGGUGUUCAUUUGUGAGCAAAAGCUGUUUACUAAGGCACAGCUGAAUCAACAUAUAAGUAGCGGUGACUCGGAAGUUGAUGGAAGUGAGAGUGAAAGAGGAGGUUUCACUGGUCAUCCCAAGUGUGAAUUCUGCAAGAGUCCAUUUUAUGGUGAUAAUGAGCUUUACACUCAUAUGUCUAGAGAGCACUACACUUGUCAUAUCUGCCAAAGGCUGAAGCCAGGACAGUAUGAGUAUUAUGGAAACUAUGAUGAUUUGGAGGUUCAUUUCCGUAGUGACCAUUUUCUAUGUGAAGACGAGUCUUGCCUUGCUAAGAAGUUCAUCGUUUUCCAAAUCGAAUCUGAGUUGAAAAAGCAUAACUCUGUUGAGCAUGGAGGUAGGAUGUCUCGGUCUCAGCAAAGCGCUUCUCUACAGAUACAAGCUGGCUUCCAAUACCCGAACACUCGCCGUGGAAGAGGAGGAGCAUCUCGUCUUGAAGUUCUGGAAUCUCAAACAUCUUAUGCCAUUACCGACGGUUAUCCUCUUCUCCAACCUGUGAGGAGCUCUGGAGGUUCACGUCUGGGAGAAUCUUCUUUCCCUCCACUCUCCGUGCAAGCAAACCGUGGCAUGCCGAGACAUCAAACGAGUAGAAGUGCAAGUGUUGGUUCUUCUCAAGCCUGGCCAGCAUUAAACCGAGCCCCGACACAAGCAUCUACUGCAAGCAGCGUACAAUCUUAUAGUGCUUCUGCUCAGUCUCAAUCUAGGCACCAUGCCAGAGUUGAAACUACUAGAGCUCUUGCUUCUGCAGUUCCACAGGAUGCUCGUAAUGAACAUACCUCAGUUGGUGGAUGUUCAUCUGGUUCUUCACUGAAUGCGAAGAAGAAUCAUCAGUCAUCUUCAACCCCUAAAAUGUCUGAUACAAGAUCACUUGAGCAGCCUUCUCAUUCUGCUUCUCCUCCAGCUUCUUCUGUGAAAAAUUCCAGGUCAGCAUCAUCCACCAAUGUUCAAGAACCACGAGAUGUUUCUGAUGUACAGUCUGCGAACAAGAGCUUGGUUGAAAAAAUACGUGCCAGCCUCAACCACGAUGAAGAGAUAUUCAUGGCCUUCAAGGAUACGUCAGUGAAGUAUCGUCAUGGUUCGAUCGAUGCAAGAACUUACUUAGAGUAUGUGAAAGGCUACGGUUUGUCUCACUUAGUUCUUGAUAUGGCCAAGCUAUGCCCUGACCCUAAGAAACAGAAGGAGCUCACUGAUACCCACAAUGCUUCCUUGAGAAGAGGAAAUGAUACAGUGGAGAGUUGCGGUUUGAAGAAGAACAAAGGGAAAGCUGUGAAGGUUGAAAGUAGCAGUGUCUCCAUGGGAGAUAAGUUGCAGUCCUCUGACAAAGGCAAAGGCAAAGCAAAAGUGACAACGUUGGUGGAUUCUUCAUCUGCAGGCAACACGGGGAAGCAAUGUAAGAAAACUUCAAAGUUUCACAGAGCACGUCUAGGCGAGAAAUCAGUGGCUGCAGUACUAAAUCUCAGGAAUUCGAACCCAGAGCCAGAACCAGAAUCGAAGAAAGAUAGUAACUCCAAAAGUAGCCAGAACUCAACCGGUGGAUUGCCACUUCGUGGUGCUUGGAGGAGAGGAAGCGCCAAACUCUUCUCCUAG